AAGAACUUUCCCACAAUGCACCGGGAGGGACACAAGGCGCCUUUUGCAGCGCCUGCAUGACAACAAGUAGGAGCAGGGAAGAAGUCUGUACGUGAAUUAAAACCAUCGCAUGCAUGAAAACAAACAGUCGGUGUUAUUCUUGGACAAUAAGUCUGUGUGUCGCUCCUCUGUCUGACGCUCUUUAAAGGCUCUUCCUCCCGACAUGGCUCCGUUCAGCUUAAUGUCAGCGGGUGUUAGCUUGUUGGCUAAGUCCUUCACAGUCUUCUCCUGCACCAGCUCCCUGCAGAGGUAACUACUCACCUGACCUUAUUUGACCACGUUUUUACUUAUUUAUUUUACUUUAAUGUGCUCUUUUAUACUCAUUAAAACAUCUAUCUUAAAGUUAGUUUAUUUAAAAGUUAGAUUUAAUGUAGUAUUGCUCCGCUUUUAGUGCUUCCUGUCGUGUUUUGCUGUAAUAUUUAUAUUUAGCAAGGUUUAAUAUACCAGUUACGAUUACACAGGUGCUUAGAAAAGUUUAUUUGAAAUAUCUGAAGACCCACAUGUUCUCACUGAGUAUUAUUGAAUUAUCAGUUUAAUGUUGACGCUUUUAUUUAGAACACUUUACAAAAGUUUUUAUGUAAUUCGAUCUUUCACUAAAUUAUAUGUUAUUAUGGACAUAUGUUUUCAUCAUAAAUAGUGUCCAAGCGAACUGGAUGAAAUGAAAUAUUUUUGGGUUUCAGAAAAGGUCUGUUUUCUUCUGUCUGUUAGUCUGUGCAAUAAUAUGAUACACUAAAUUAUUUUAACAUUCAAGCAACUUAUUACCGUAAAACUUGAUACUUUUUAGAGUCUGUUCCUGUCUUUUCAUAAGAAAAUCUGUAUUUUUCUGGUAAUUUUACAGUCAAACCAGUAGGGGUGGGAGAAAAAUCGAUUAACAUAAGUAUUUCUAUGUUGAACAAUCUUUUUUUUCUUCAUAUUAAGAAUAAAGGUCCUUACACCCCAGGAAUGACGCGAAAUUACGAAAUAUUCUGAGGCGAAUUGUGACGCGCCUGACUAUACACAUCAAGUGCGAUGCAAUUUUGCGACUUUCCAGGGGCUAAAGUUACUUAGCACAGAUGAAAGUUUAAACAAAGAUGUUUAGCAAACUGUUAAAGCACACAAACCAUCGUCAUAUGAGAGAUCCUACGCUAUGACUCUUCACAAGUUGUCUUCAGGUCGUUAUCUUUGUAAUGUUUGUGUCUUUUAUCAAAAAAGCACUCUGUUCUCCGACACAUAAACAAUCAGCCGGUCGGCCAUGUUGGAUAUACCGGUGAAUCUGAUGUCGCAAAAAUACGCAAUCUGAUUGGUCAGAAGUGGACACACAGUAUGCGAAACUUUAGAAAAAUCAACCGUGAUAUGAAUAAAAAAAAUGACGCAAUAUGACAGUAGCUGGCCAAAGUACGUUUAUUAGAGUACAAAAUAUGCAUGAAAAACUAGAAUACCCCACUCCACCGCACCCCCUUUUUAAAAAAAGAUCAUUUUAUAAUAUUCAGUUUAUGAUAUGAUAAUUGGUGAUGGCUGUAGAGAAAUCCAGAACCUUCCUUUGCAUAAAUGGACAUGUAUGUAAUAGAGGAAUUACACACGAUGUGAUUCAAGGAUUCAAGGAACUUUAUUGUCAUACCCCACAUCUUUUUACAGUUCGUGGUACAAAAUUAGUGCCCAGGUCCGUUUCCAAGCCAAAAGCACAAUGCAAUACAAUACAAGAGCAAUCAUAAAACUUUAAGAGCAAAAAUACAAACAUAAGAGCAUAAUGUAAACAAAUUAAGUAAAAGCUGAAAUUAGUCAUGUCAGCGUUAUCAGCUAUCAGAAAACCUAGCCUCUAACUCUGACAUCAGCUGCUGAUAAAAUCACGUCUUUUGACUUCUUGUUGAAACUAUGGCUAACUUUUAACAACUAGUUCUGGCCUUAUUUUUUGUUACAAUUACUAGGGCCAAGUUGGACAUUCUUAAUAUUGCAGUAUUACUGAUUGAUAUUGUGGACAAACAGAAUACAUGAUUAAAAGAAAUGAUAGGUCAUUUUAUUUUAGAGGCUGUAACCAGAGAUUUUUUUAAUAUUCAUGAUGUCGCUUAUUUAUUAACUUAAUUUUGUGAAUCAAGCAACAGCACAAUACCCAAGUAAUAUCUACUCGGGCUUCAUAUAAUCACUAAGUUAAUGUAACGUUGGAAACACUGAUAUAAGUGCUGAGCUAAGCUAAGUUAGCUUUCCCUCUCCGGCUCUGUUCAAUGCUAAUUUUCUAAAUGUGUGCAUUCUUACACGUUGUAGGUGUACCAGUGUCCUCCCAGCUGCAUUCUUCAACCCAGUGAGAUGUUUGACCUCUCAGACCGCUGGUCCUCCAAAGAAACCUCUGACCGGGUACAUGAGAUAUGUGAAGCAGCAGCAGCCAGUUGUGGCCAGACAAUACCCAGGUAACUCUGCAACAUAUAAUGUGCGUUAGAGAAUAUCAAAGUUUAGUACUUUAAGGAACCUUGGCAAUGAUCCACCAAUAAGAGCUAAAGCACACACAGUGAAGAAGAAUCAUAUCAUUCUUAUUGUAUUGACUUAUUGACUGAGCUGACCCAGGGCUUGAUGCUAACUUUUUUCCCAGGGGGCACAUGUGCUCUUAACUUUGAAAAAGUAAGGAGCACACAAAGAACUUAAGGGGCAACAUGAAAAAUGAUCAAAUAAUGUUUCUCUUAUUGGUCGAUGCAAGUACUAUUGUUUGAAAUCAAUUUUAGGUCAGUUGGUCUCAUGACAUGAAAGCUAUUGAAGAAAAUGUUCAAAAAAAUUUAACAAACAUUUUUUAGAGGACAAAUUAGGGAAAUGAAGAGGUGUGUCUUAUUGUCCGACCUUAGUACUAUCAUCAGAAAACAAUUUUAGGUCAAUUAGUCUUAUGACAUGGAAGCUAUUGAAGGAAAACAGCCAUUUUUGAGAACAUCAACUGGUAAUUUAUUGACGGUCCCUUAUUUAACACCUGACACUGACAGCGAGGAUGCUGAGUAGAUUUAACCACGCUGCUGUGCAACUGUGCAUGCCAGUAAGGCUGUAGUAAUUAAUUUUUAUAGUGAUCAAGUAUUUAAUUGAUUAUUCUGACUAUUAAGUAAUCUAAUAAUAACAUUUGUUGCCCUGGCUAUUUUUUUUCUAUGUGCACAUGUACCUGAAUAAAUACACUUAUUUGAUCACUACAUGUGACUUGUUAAUAUCAACGUGAUAUUACAUGUCAUCUCUAAGUUAAAUGAAAUUGAGGUCAAAUUUGGCAAAUAAAAGUCAGUUACCUGUGCUCCAUCAGAGAGCUGCAUCAUCUUGAUCAUGUUUUAAUUUUUACCUUUAGAUACUAAAGCAGUGGACGUCAUCAGGAAGAUCGCCCAGCAGUGGAGACUCCUGAGCCCGGACCAGAAACGGGUAUUUCAUUCUUUCACUCAUUAAACAUUAUAAACUGAAGAUAUUCAUCCAACUUGUAUUCAAACUAAUUCGUAAAAGGGUUACAUGGCUUUUGUACCCACUUAACCUGUGCAUAUAACAAAACAUAUUGGUCUUAUUCACAAAGCAAUUACACAGGGUUUAGGUCCUCUGAUUGUGCUGCAGAGCGGAUAAUGUCACUGUGCACAAGAGUUUCUGUAACACAUGAAAUAAGCUGUGAAACGUUCAUUUGGAGAAGAACAUGCCUGAUAUGCGAGGGAGCCGGAUUGCAGAUAACCUCUAAUUCACUUAUUAACUGUGCUGGAGUGUUUAUGCGGGUUGUUACAGCUAAACAGCACCACCUGUAGAUGACCUAAGAAUAGUAUCCCUGUACAUGUAACCAGUUAACAUCCCUUUGACAUGACUAAUUUUAGAGUAACAGCCAGGGAGUAUGUGGCUUAACUCCCACACAUACAGGCUGUGCAACUGUGCAUGCCAGUAAGGCUGUAGUAAUUAAUUUUUAUAGUGAUCAAGUAUUUAAUUGAUUAUUCUGACUAUUAAGUAAUCUAAUAAAAAAUGUAUUAAAGUAUUGUAUUUUCUUGUUUUAAUUAACCUGAAUAAAUACACUUAUUUGAUCACUACAUGUGACUUGUUAAUAUCAACGUGAUAUUACAUGUCAUCAUCUGUGUUCAUACAUACCCUGACCGCCACAGUGAGGUCAAAUUUGGCAAAUCAUCUGUCUCCCCUCUGUCCUCUCAGCAUAUGGCUUGUCAGUCUUUUGAUGUUAUUGGUCUCUUCUUUGAAGCCAUUUGAACAAGCCUCUCAGCUGGCCAGGGAGCAGUUUAAGGUGGAUUUCCAGCGUUACCAGGCCCAGCUGACCCCAUUCCAGAUCAAGCAACAGACCCUGGAGAGAAAAGUGAGACUAGCCAAAAGGAAAGCCAUCCGCAAAAAGAGGGUAAGAGAGAGUGAGAGAGAGAGAGAGCGUCAUGGAGGCUCUUCUAUCAGGGGCUGUAAUAUACUUGUUAUCAAAAUUGUGUGUGUGCAUGUAGCAGGUCUUGCUGCAGGAAUCAAAUAUGAUGUAGUUGAAUUGUUGAAGCUCAGUAAGCUCUAAACUCAAUCAGUCCAUCUCUCUCAUGCCUCCCCUCUGUGUGUUCUUCUGUGAUCCAGGAGCUAACCAACCUCGGGAAACCCAAACGUCCACGCUCCCCAUUCAACAUUUUCAUGUCGGAGCACUUCGAGGAGGCCAGAGGGACCAGCACGACGGUCAGAAACACACACAGCCGCAUGACAGAACAUUUACAGGGAUAGUUCAAAUACCUCUACAUAAGGUGGUGUGAGAGUGAGAUUCAGAUUGAGAUGUAUAAAUAGUUUCUGUUCAGACUGAGAGAAGACAAUAUUUGAAGCUGAAGUUGAAUUUUGUGGGUAAAAAAACAAGAAUUUUAUGAACAGACUUUGUCUGGAUUAUGCCAACGAUUUCAUGACAGAAUAUUUGGGCCAACAAGAAUGAAGUUGCACAAAUAUAGUCAUUACACAAACACAAAAGGACUGUACUCAAGACAACUCUAGAGCAGGUAGACUUGUUUCAAAGGAGAUAAAAAUCACAGCAGUAGCUUACCUCUCAUUAUAAACACUGACACGUGCUCUGAGGGGCUCUGUGGGUGUGCAAGUUGCUGCUCUGAUCAGGGUGAAGUCUAGCUGUCAAAUAUUUCAAAAGUGAUGUUGAAUGUGACGUCAGUGAUGGUGUUGAAACUGGUGUACCACCCACCACUAGUGCGGAACAGCUGUUGUGAAGGUGACAAAGAAAUGGUGUAAAAAUGAUUUUGUGUUGUUUUUCUUUAAUUAAAAAAGAAAAAUGUGUAUGUUUUUGCAAAGCAGUCACUAAUUUUAUGUUUGUGCCGCUGUUUUAUUCAGGAAAAGCUGACAUCACUGAGGGACGACUGGAGGAAUUUGUUCAGUCAUCAGAAACACGUUGGGCCUUUAUUCUUCACUUGCAUCGUCUUCAUUCAGCCGUUUACAGGUACAACAAGAAAAUGACAGAGUCUAUUUUUUCACUAUUCCAGGUCUACACACAGCUGGCUGAAGACGACAAAAUUCGCUACAAGAACGAGAUGAAGUCCUGGGAGGAGCACAUGGUGGAGAUCGGACGAGAAGACGUGAUCAGAGAGAAAACGCUAACUGCCCAGAAAAGAGCAGCAGCUGCUAAAGCAAAGGCAGUGAGCAAGAAGACCCCUGCUAAAGCCAAAACUAAAACUAAAGCUAAGGCUAAGGCUAAACCGGUAAAGAAGGCUGCAGGAAAGUCCAAAACAACUUCACAAACUAAAAAAAGCACCACUGCGAAAACCACCAGGACUACCAAGAAGAAAUAAGAAGUGUUCAAUUACUGAGUGAGGAGGGUGAAACGUGUUUGUUGACAACUACAGAGAGAGAUGUGAUGAUUCAAGGCAGUGCGAGGCCUGUUUUGUCUCUAACCAUGAAAGUCAAAAAGUUGUAGGUUCAACAGAGCAACUUUUUUUUUUUUACCAAAUUCAGAAAGAUAAUUUUACAACUCCCCUUUCAAGACUCUGAUUGGUGAAACUUACACAGAAGAACCCUGAAAACAGGAUUAAAGUGUGAAAAGGACCUCCUUGUUUUGAUCGGUAGGAAAAUAAAUGACCAGAUGAAAUGUAAGGGUUUCAGGAACUUCAAAUUUGGGGUGAAGUUCAAUUGAAUGUAUGAGGCACUGACGCUGUUUUUGAUCCGAUGAGAGUGUUAAAAGGUUUCACAGCUCUGAGUGUAACCACAAGUAUUUCAGAGGAACGUGAAAGUUACUGUAGCCGUCCUGAAAGCUUCAACCUUUCUAUAUUUGUUAUUGCAGAAAAGGAAAAGCCUGAUGUAUAUUUACUCAAGAGAAAAACUCAUAGAUGCAAAAAUUGACUCCUCUCCCUUCACUCCUCACUCCACUGCCUUUGGCUCCAGCUUUGAGCACAUUGGUUCAAAGUGAAGAAAUACAUCUUUCAAAAAUACAGUUUUUCAUUUUUCAAAGAUAGACUCAGUAUUUGUCGUUCAUAGCUUGGAGCUAGUGUUUCAGCAAAUUGAUAUUUUCAUUGGUUUGGAAAAAAAAUCACUGACAGCAGCCGAUUCUCCAACAAGGACUUUAAAAGUGUGCAGCUACCCUUUAUCAGAGAGCACUUCCUCGUAAAAUCGGACAGGAUAAUGGCUGCCAUGAGUCCAGCCAGCUGAAUUUGUCAAACCUGCUUUUCAUAAAUGUAGAAUAUGCAUAUGUUGUACAGUUGCAAUCCCCAGACUGUGAAAACACUGUUCAUCGAUUGUGGCAGAAGAAACUUUCAGACUGACUUCUAUUUUGAAAAUAUCAAACGUUCAUUAUCAUGCAUUGUACCUGUUUAGCUUUGCAAAAGUCUUUUUGUCCUGUUAACAGAUGUAAAAACAAAAAAAAAACUUUCAUAAAAUAAAGCUCAGCUUUUUCCCUUAA